AUGCCUGGUAGACGUUGUGUUGUUCAGGACUGUGGAAACGUAAAGAACGAUGAAUUGGGGAUUUCUAUUCAUAAUUCUCCUGAUUCGGGCAGCGUUAGAUUAAAGUGGAAAAGGUUCGUGUCCAUUCAUCGGAAGGAUUUCAACACAGUGGGAAAAUUUGCUGUGUGCUCGGAGCAUUUUACAAGGGAUUGUUUUACGCUUGCUUUUCCGAUGAAAGGCAUGAAAAGGAAUUUGAAGAAGGGGACGUUUCCAACCAUUUGGAAAAAAUCCUCUCAAACACUAUCAAAGCGGAGUCGACGAUCGGUGAGUGAAAUUACAAUGUAUUUGCGCUGUGCUUAUCACCAUUAUAUUUAUUUCCCCAUUUACCUGUGACAUGAUUUUUUCUGGCAUCGUUGUUCAAUAUUCGUGUAAUGAAUGCUCUGACUAUUUGGACUUCCCAUAUUGUUGCAUGUGUUUUCAUACUUUUCUGCUUUCUUCUCAUAGUUAUAGUAAAACGGGCAUUUGCGCUGAGUGGACGUGAAGUCAAUUCCCCAAUUCCCAGACCUUUCCACUCGAGCGUAAAAUUUAGAAAAAGUGAAGCUACAUAGAAAUCCGGCUCUCUAUUUUUUGAGAGAUUAUCUUGCUGUUACUUUGAGAUUUGACAGUACUCCAAACUUCCCUCCAAGAAAUCUUACAGCAAAUUAAGAGUUACACGCGAGUCUUUUAAAACGACCAAAAAUGAACUUAGUCUGAUUUCUACAUUCUAUAAGUUCAGUUAUUGUUUCCGGGUUUUUUUUCGUUUGUAUUUUAAUUCUAUUUUCACUGUCUGCAAAUGAUGCAUACAUUUGAAGGCAAAGAUGUGGUUAAACCUGGCUUCCAUUCCUAGUUUUGAAAACAUCGACAUAAAGCUCAAAUUUAAACUUGUUUUGAAGGGGAGAUAUAAAAAAUGGUCGUACCUAUUUUCAUUUUUAGCUACUAAAUGAAAUUCUGGCUGGUCAAACUACUAAUGAGGAUACAGAGGAAGAAGACAAUCCUGAAGAAGAGGUGAUCUCUUUGAAAGGAAGUUCUGCACCUGAGGAGAGUGCUGACACUAUGGGGGCUCCCAAUCUCAACCCUGAGGAGUCUCCAGAAGUCGAGGGUGUUCUGAAUACAAGUCAGGGUUCUUUGCUUGCGGCAAAUCCUGAAAAGGAGGGCUGCAUCCCUGAGACUGAGACGGAUGAGAUAAGUGUUGAUGCUGAGAUGGCUUCAGAGGUCCUAGGUACUCCUGGUGAUAAGACAGCUCUCGAGAGCCAAGGGAUUUCAGGAACUGAUGAGGUUACUGAGACCAUGCAGAUCCUGGAGGCUCAGGGAAUCAAAAAAGUGCAGGAUAUGGAUGAAGUUAUGCAGAUUGAUGAAUCAUUAAGGAUUCCUGAACUUGAACAGGUUUCUAUGGUAGGCGCAUAACUCUAAUUAAUGUUUAUUUGCAUCUUUGUAUUAUCAUAGCAAUGGCAUGUGCAGUUAUUUUACAACAAUACUAAAACACAAGAAUUCUAAAGUCUUGUUAUUACAGCCUGUAUUAACCCUUUAAGUCCCAAUAGUGACCAACAUCAAUUUUCUCCUAACAAUAUCCAUACAAUGUCAAGAGAUUAGGUUAUGAGAAUUCAUAAAAUGAUCACCUAGGAGAAAAUGCUUUGACCUUUUAUCAAAUUCUCUUGUUGAGAACUUUGCCCCGUUCACUAGGGUUUCCAGAUCAACGAAAGCUACACUAAGACAAUCAGUAGAGUCGAUUGUAUUUAAUCACCUGGCUCACUUGUAUUCGCUCGUUACAGCAGUUGUGCAUGAGCUACUCUCUCAAACAUGGAAAAAAACGCUCGAUUUCAUACUAGUAUACAUUAGAUAUGAUUGGUUGUUGCUAGGCGAUAAUCAGAAAAAGGUCAAUCAAUUCUUGCAGCUAAAGUGUUCAUUGUCUCAUAAAAUCUAGAUCUAAUUUAAACAUCCGUGUCACUAUAUUGUCACAUAACAUGAAGUCUCCGACACACUCCCCCAUGCAGCAUUGCAUACAAGGGUGCAUUCAAUACUCAGGAGACUGAAACACCUAUUUUUACGAUUCCGAAAAUAAUCAAAGGCUAGAUCGAAAACUUCGCUAGUAAUCACUCUGUUCAAGUUCAAAAUUGUUCAAUUUCUUCAUUAUAAGCAAUCUCCUUUAUUCUGGCAGCUGCCGCAGCCGCAGCGGUUCUUCUCGGUCUGAAAAUUGGCGCGUUAUGGUUCAACCGCCGUUCUGUUCCUGCUGGCACUGUGGGUUCGCACUGCAGCUCCAACGGGUACAGGUGCUGAACAGGACGCUCUAUAACUCCCUUACUGGUUCUCAGCUGCACUGCACGGAUGUGGCCGUCACGUCCUGGGUAGGUCUGUUGGACAAUAGCUAGUGGCCACUUCCCUCGAUUCUUGCUGUCUGAUCGUACUAGCACAGUGUCGCCAACUCUGACUCGAUAAUUUGCCGUUUUGUGUACCAGGUUGUGGCGCUCUCUCAGGGCGGUUAGGUACUCACGUUGCCAUCGGUUCCACAUGUGAUCUUUGCAGGUCUGCAAAUAUUUAGCUCGUCUGCGCAAAUUCGGGUCUUGAAUUCUCCAGGCCUGUUCCUCAGGAAGCUGGUUGGUUCGUUGGAACAUAAGGCUAGCCGGCGUCAGGAUGGGCAGCUCAACAUCGUCUUCAACGUAACCGAGUGAGCGACGAUUAACCUGAGUCUCUACGUCCAGGAUUACUUCAUUCAAUUCGCUCCAGGACAGUGUAGCUCCCCCUAUGACCUUGUACAUCGCUGUCUUCACAAUUCCGAUCAGGCGUUCAAAUUGGCCGCCCCACCAAGGGGCGCGACUUAGGUUGAAUUUCCACUGUAUGUCAUGGGACUCCAGGAAUCCUUGCAACUGCUCGUCGCUUCGUACUUGCUUCAACCACUUGGCAGCUUUGACAAACGUGCUACCAUUAUCAGAGUAAAUGACAGCCGGACGUCCUCGUCUGGCUAUGAGGCGUUUGAGACAUGGCAGGAACGUACUAGUUUCCAGGUUGGGAACCAGCUCUAGGUGUACUGCCCUCGACAGACUGCAAGAGAAUAUCACCAGGUAUGCUUUCCCUUCUCGUUUCUGGCUCAGUCUGUAGUAGAUUGGUCACGCAAAGUCUGUUCCGAUGACUUCAAAGGGAGCCCUGCCAUGGGUACGGUCUAUAGGUAGCGGUCCAGGGGGUGGUACUGUUAAAGGUAAAGCUCUGAAACGUUUACAGCCCCAACACGCGGAUCGCACAGACUUAACUAGCUGUCUCAGAGUUGGGAUCCAGUAUUCUUCACGGAUUGCUGCCAUGGUGAGGGAUACACCUCCAUGUAAGGUCUCGGCGUGCGUACGCUGUACAAGCUUUCUUGUAAAUAGGCUACCAGCUGGCAAGUAGACUGGGUACUGUCCUUGAACUCUGCCAUGACAUUCGAGUACCCCGUCAGCAUUUGGAACGAGGUUGAGUUCACGCUUGGUCUGUUCAAAGUAAGGCUUUUUCGCGUCUUGGGACUGGACCCUUCUUAUCCACCAAUUCUUCGACUCUUGUGUGUCUUCGCUAGUUAGUGGUCCUUUGCGCGCUCUGUGAGUUGUGAAACGUCGCACCCAAGCUUGGAUGCGUAGAGUUCGACGGAGAUCAUGUCGCUCGAGGAGUUCGUCGAACACGUUUCGUUCUUGGUUAGGUUGUACUUUUGCUAGGCUAAGCACUUCUCUGAUUACUUUCGCCUCUUCUUCAGAAGCUUGAGUUUUUUCUGUAACUGGGUUCUCUGGCCAAUUUUCUGGAUGACGCAGCCAUGAUGGGCCAUUCCACCAGAGCUCUGCAUUAGUAACCUGGCCUCCUCGGCUCGCUAAGUCUGCUGGGUUAUCGUUAGUAGGCACGUGUCUCCACUGAAUCUGUGGGUGUUGUUUUAUCUUCUGCACGCGGUUAGCGACGAACUGUCGGUACAGACCAUUUCCUAGUAUCCGGUGGAGGGCGACGGUGCUGUCCAGCCAACCGUAGACCGUGGGCUCAGGUAAGUCUUUCAGCGCGUUUCUCACGUUCACAACUAAAUUGGUAGCCAUGUGGGCGCUGACCAACUCCAACCUUGAUACAGUUAGGUUUCUUUUGGCCAAUCUUGCUUUCGCGACUACAAGGGUUUGUGUGAUUCCAUCUUCUUGGCGUACGACCGAGUACACCGCUGCUCCGACUCCAUGGGUCGAUGCGUCUCCGAAGACAUGUAGCUCGAAUGAGAGAACUGGUUGCUGAUGUGGCGCAAUAGGUCUUCGUAUGGUUACUUCGUCUGGGAGUGAAUGUUCCCACUUAAGCCAUCGUACUCUGAGAUUCUCUGGGAUAGGUGCGUCCCAUGCUGCUUUGUAGUCGCACACUUCGCGGUAGAUUUGUUUGCCUUGCAAUGUCACAGGGCUAACCAGGCCGAGAGGGUCAUACACUUUCGAUAGUUUGGCCAAUACUUCGCGUUUUGAUAUUGCGCUACUUGUGUUUACGACGGGAAACUGUACAGCGAUAGUGUCCUCAACCUUGUUCCACUUGACUCCUAAUAGUUUUGAUUCACUUGGCUUGACUUGCAACUGUUGCUUUGCGUACGACUGCUCUUCGGCUUCUGCGGGAGAGUUGGCGCUCUUUUCACGCGUUUUAAGCUGGGUACUUUGUAUUUCUGUUUCUUGUUGGCGGCUAUCUUCUUCAAGCUCUGGACAGUUGGAAUGCCACUUGUGUAGCUUGAAUGUGGCGUCACUCAUGAUCUCUUGCGCUAUCUCUUUUCGCGCUUUAGUUUGCUGCUCGUUUUGACCGCCUGUUAACAAGUCGUCUACGUAGAAACUUCGGCGCAACCGUUCAGCCUCUUCUGGGUAUCUCUGCGCCCAGCUAUCGAAGUGGUAUUCAAGCACACCGCCCAGCAGAAAAGGCGAAGGGCCAAGCCCAAAGAGCACACGUGUGAACCUGUAAGUCUCCACUUCAGAGGUGCCGUCAGUCUGCCAAUGGAAUCGGAGUGCAUCUCGUUCGCUCUCAUGGAUUCGAAUCUGUAGGAAAGCUUUCUGUAUAUCUCCCGCUAAGACUACUGGGUAGGCUCUCUGUUGGACGAGCACGUCCCAUAGUCUGUUCUGAAGUGGGGGUCCUGAGUACAAACAGUCGUUCAGGGACGGGGAAUUGGGUGUCGCUCGGGCAGAGGCGUCAUAAACAAUUCUCAUCUUUGUGGUUUCAGCGGACUUGCGAAUUACGCACUUGUGAGGGAUGUAGAACUCCUUUUCUGGCUGGGAAACAGGGGGUGCCUUUUCGAUAACUCCUUCAGUCAGCUGCUCCUGAAUAAUACCAUUGUAUUUGACAGUAAGAUCUUCACGUUGGAGUUUUCUGGUCAGGUUCUUAAGUCGCUUGAGGCUGCCUUCCUUGUUUGAGGGUAGUGGUGAGUGAUUUGCCUUCCACGGCAAGGUAGUCUCGUACCAGCCCUCUUGCGAACGCGUUAAUUGCUCUUUAAAUUCUUCGUACACCAUUGCCUGGUCAUGAUCGGCCACGUCACGUAAUCCCAAGACGUCUAGUUUGCACAAGUCUUCAUAGUCGCUUUGACUUGUUUGGGUAAACAGCAUGAUGUUUUUGUCGAACUCCUUUCCAGGGGACAUAAGGAACCAUCCGAACCUGGUGAGUUCCGCUACGGGGUCAUUUUCUCGUCCGAUUCUCGGUUUCGUUUCAGUUUUGAUUCUGGCAUACUCUCCGCUGCCAAGCACCACGUGGACCGGAAGAGAUGCUUUCGUGUCAUCAUCGUUGACAUGCACGCCUUUCAAAUGUGAGUACUUUUCAAUUAGCGUGCGAUAAUUAGGGUUGUCAAUAGACAACAGUUCUGUCUUGUUUACUUUGGUCGCUUUGACUGACAGCGAAUAUUGAUGGUCAACAGAUUGUAAUUCAAGAUCGUAGACUUCUAGUCUGGCAACUUUUGAAGACAUUAGCAUAUCGAUUGUUUUUGUCUGGAUAUCAGCAGGCUUCAGGCGAAGUAAUUCGAUCAGUUUCGCUGAUACGUAUGAGCUCCCAGCUCCUGAAUCGAUGAGUGCUCGACAUUUAAUGCCAUUGACUUCUAUCACGAUGACAGGAAACAAACCCUCUCCGACUUGGUUUGUAGUCAAGGCGACCCCUCUCGUAGGUGUUGGCUGAUUAGUUUCUUGCCUGGGUGCAUCACAAAUGGACGUGUGGUGACGCUUGCGGCAUUGCUGACAGGCGGAUUUGCUGGGACAAUAGACGGCGCGAUGGUUCCCUGCGGUGCAGUUGAAACACAGACGUUUGUUGAGGAGAAUUUGUCUGCGAUCAGAGACAUCUGUCACUUUUGUACAUUCGACGGCUUUGUGAUCUUCGCCGCAGUACACGCAAGGCCAACAGCGGGGUUUUAAAUCGGAGCCACGACGCGUGUGGUAAAUUCUUGCCUGCUGGCGUAAGUUCUGUUUUGCUGUUUGUUGUUCUGUUUGUUCGCGCUGGUUUGUAUCUGCCGGAUUCCUCCUGGUCCACAAUCGAACUGCCUCUGAAAGUUUCGCAAGGUCCCAGCUUUCCCAGCUUGGGUCGAUCCGGACGAGAUCUCCACGGAUCGCUGGCAAUUUGUCUAAAGUCAUGGAGGCCGCUCCAUUGACCUGUUCCAGUUUGUUUAAUGUCUGUAGAGCUUGCACGCAAUACGUUAGCUUUUCGCUAAAUUCACCAAUUUUCCUCGGGUUUGCGCUUGAAAUUGAGGGGAGAUCCAGAAUCUCUUUGAUGUAGGCUUUGACGAUUUCUGACUCCUUUCCGAACCUCUCGUUUAGGAUACUCUUCGCCCGAUUGUAUCCCUCUGCUGUGAAGGGCAACGCCUCUAUCGUUCUUUUUACUUUGAAGUCCAAUAGUUCUCGAAGGUAGGAAAAUUUCGUGAUCGGUGGAACGCUCGUUUUAUCGAUUGUUUCAGUGAACUGUCCCCAAAAUCGUGGCCAGUCUUUGUAGGUACCGUCGAACUUCGUUAUCGUCAGUUUAGGCAGCUUAGCUUGUAUGUCGCUUGGCGUCGUCAUGCUUCUUGGGGGUGUGCCGUAGCUUGGAUUUCUGCCUGCAUCUGUAUCUUCGCUUUGUGGAACUUAAGUUCUUCUUGUUUGACAACUGCUUCUGCUUCUCUUUUUCGGUCAUCGACCCAUGUGCGCAUUUUAUCCACUUCGUAAUCUGCCUUUUCCAGUUGUGCGUCAAUCCCGCUAUUCCACGCCUCGAUGUCGGCAAUCUCUUCCUUCGCUGCUAGUUUUGUCGCCUCCACUUCUAGACGCAUUCGAUUAAUUUCUGUAGUGAGGGACCGUAAGGUGGAAAGAUGUCUCUCGAUCGCUUCUGCCUUCCCUGCUUCUACGAUGGUGUUCGUUUUUCCAAUGCUCAUUUUCAGCUGUGUGACCUUGAUAUCCAGAUUUGCUUGGGUCGCUUCCAUCUUCGCACGGGCAGAAAAUCAGGACUAAUUAUACUUACAACAGUUGUUCUUAUCCUUCUACAGUCCCGUCGGAGGUGCCACUUGUUGAGAACUUUGCCCCGUUCACUAGGGUUUCCAGAUCAACGAAAGCUACACUAAGACAAUCAGUAGAGUCGAUUGUAUUUAAUCACCUGGCUCACUUGUAUUCGCUCGUUACAGCAGUUGUGCAAGAGCUACUCUCUCAAACAUGGAAAAAAACGCUCGAUUUCAUACUAGUAUACAUUAGAUAUGAUUGGUUGUUGCUAGGCGAUAAUCAGAAAAAGGUCAAUCAAUUCUUGCAGCUAAAGUGUUCAUUGUCUCAUAAAAUCUAGAUCUAAUUUAAACAUCCGUGUCACUAUAUUGUCACAUAACAUGAAGUCUCCGACAAACUCAACUCAUUCUUUAAGUAAAUGUAUAGAGAUCAGUUUGGAGAAUUUGCAUAUAGAUAUUGGGGCCUAAAGGGUUAAUGUUGAAAGUUUGUUUUUUGUAGGAUACUCCAACUGGACAUGCUGGGAAUUGA